CGCGAUUUUCACUGGGCCUGCUCCAUCGUGUUACCGCGUUACCGAGCAGCCGUCGUGAGCAGCUCCGCGGCUACCCGGAGGUGGUGGUCUCUUUUGCGUGUGCCCUGCGCAUUUUCAUUGCCCCCCCAAAGUAUCGGUCCGAAUAAACGCGCAUAUCCCCGCGUCUCCCUCUCCGCCUCGUUGUCCCGUUGCGUUCUUCACUCUCUCUUUCUCUUUCUCUCUCUCUCUCUCUCUCACACUCUAUCUCUUUUUCUCUUUCUCGCCGCCCCUUAUACGCGCGCGUUCUUUAUCGCGCGUUGUCUUGUUGUCGCCUGUCCGUCUGUCAACUUUGCGUGCGAGAUGUCACGAGGAGGUGGUGGAGGAGGAAGAGGAGGAGGAGGAGGAGGAGAGACGCGGCAGCCGCCACACUGCCGUUGCGACCGCCGCCGCCACCGCCACCGUUGCAGUCGUCGUUGCUGCAAUUGUCGCCGAUCAACAAUGUUUUGUGUAGCAUCAAACGUGCUGAUGGUAUUUGUGAGAGCCGCAUACGGGGUGCACACGCGCUACCUAGGAGUCGCGUCGUCAGGAGGAUGCAUCGCGGCGAAAGUCUUCCGCGCGAGUGGUGUCCCAUCGCUCACGGCAGACACGAGCAGAUGUUCUCUCGUCAGUUGUACGAAAUGCUAAGGUGAUGUAAAGGAAAUUGAAACUGCCAAAUCGAGACGACGCGACGACUUCCUCUAUCACGAGUGAUUUCAAUACACGAGAUACCAAAACGGGUGACGAGGAGAAGAAGAUGGUAUCUCUGCCUAGCGCAGAAACUGGCACAAUGGACAGAAUCUCGGACGACGACGAUGAUGAGCCUAGUAGCGGAUCAGAGACUUAUGAGGAAGGAGAUCUUCUUUCGGCUGCUAUGGGCGAUGACGUCACAGCCCAGCUCGCUGCAGCAGGUUGGCAAAAAAACAUUGAUGGACCAGUCGGCGUCGCCGCAGCUGCUGCCAUUGUAUCAGCCAAAAAGCGGAAACGACCUCACAGUUUCGAAACUAAUCCCAGCAUCAGAAAAAGACAACAAAAUAGGCUUUUAAGAAAACUUAGACAAACCAUUGACGAAUUUGCAACGCGGGUUGGACAACAGGCAGUAGUGCUAGUGGCUACACCGGGUAAACCAAAUAGUAGUUACAAAGUAUUUGGAGCAAAACCGUUAGAAGAUGUAGUAAAAAAUCUAAGGAACGUUAUCAUGGAAGAACUUGAGAACGCCCUUGCACAACAAGCACCGCCACCCUUGCAAGAGGACCCGACACUAUAUGAAUUACCGCCGUUGAUAAUCGACGGUAUACCAACUCCGGUAGAGAAAAUGACGCAGGCACAACUCAGAGCCUUUAUUCCGUUGAUGUUAAAGUAUUCCACUGGCAGAGGCAAACCCGGUUGGGGAAGAGACAGUACACGACCACCAUGGUGGCCCAAGGAAUUACCUUGGGCUAAUGUCCGGAUGGACGCGCGAUCUGAGGACGAAAAGCAGAAGAUCUCGUGGACUCACGCACUACGGCAGAUUGUAAUAAAUUGUUAUAAAUUCCACGGAAGGGAAGAUCUUCUGCCGGCAUUUAGUGAAGAAGAUGAUAAGUCUAAUGUUCUGAUACAACAAGCGACGCCUCAUUCCUCGUCGCAUCCGUCACAUUCAUCGAGUCAAGGGCAAAGUGGAGGACAGUCGCAACAGCAACAGACGGUGGGAGUUGUUCGCCUCAACAGCACGGAUUCAUCUAAGGGAAACUCUUCGCCAGCACAAAUCAUUGCCGCGUCUCCCACAACUCUUGCCACUGCCACUCAGAUGACAGCCCAAUAUCCGACAACUGUACUGCAGACAAUAACAAAUCCUGAUGGUACAGUUUCAAUUAUACAAGUGGAUCCUAGUACACCGAUCAUUACUUUACCUGAUGGUACAACAGCCCAAGUUCAAGGAGUCGCUACUAUCCACACAAGUCAAGGAGAAGUGCAAGCAUUAGCAGAAGUAGCCGGUAGUACGGAUGGUGCUAGUGUGGCCGUUGAUCUGAAUACAGUUACAGAAGCGACAUUAGGUCAAGACGGUCAAAUCAUCCUCACUGGAGAAGAUGGACACGGAUAUCCUGUCUCAGUCUCGGGAGUGAUCACUGUGCCAGUGUCCGCCAGUAUGUAUCAAACUAUGGUGGCCAAUAUUCAAAGCGACGGAACGAUGCAAGUGGUAACGCCGAUGGUACAGGUACCCAAGGUAGAGCCAGGUAACGGCGACACCACCAUUGAGGCCGUCACUAUACAGGGCCAUCCUAUGACUAUGAUAAACGCCGCCGGAGAGCAUCAAGUCCUUCAAGUAAUAUCGUUGAAGGAUGCCAAUGUUUUGACGAAGGCUAUGCAAGCCGAGGUUGUUAAGGACGAGGAUAGUCAACAACAACAAACUGUAUCUAGCCCGGAAUAAACUUGUGUUUUAAGUGUAAUCUAGUUAAUCCGAAAUCGCUCCAUAUCACCCGCGCACGUAUGCGCGCGUACCACGGUGAUACACGGGGAAGAAAGAUAAAAGUGUGAGAGAAUUAGUAAUGGAUUGGUGUUGUGUUCUUUUUUUCUCUUUGAGUCACUGUACUUGUGUAGUGUGUCUUGCUCUGACUGCGUACAGCGAUUAUAUCCGAAAGUGAGAAUGGACAAGUGCGUAAUAUUGAUUAAGAUUAGUCUAGAGUAUUUGUACUCGAGAUUCAUCGUAAAUGCUUGAGGGUCACUUGCAAUUCAAUUUUUCAGAUGUAGUAUUAAUUUUCAAAGAAGUCUAUCGCAUCGCACUGGGCGAAUGCCCUAUCUCUGUUUUCGCGAAUAAUUUGCGACAUUAUCUAUCUUUCAUUGUUUUUUCUACCGAAAGUCAUCAAACGUGCUUUCCGGUAUUGCGCAAGCAUAUAAUUUCGUCUAGUCUUAGAAUCAGGUUGAUAUACACGCCAAAGACAUAUUUUUAAUUGUUUUCGAUAAUUAUACCAUGGCAAGCAUGAAAGCUCCUCCGCUUCCAUAAUAGCGCAGUAAAGAAAAUUUGUUUAGUUUUUCUUUUCUUCGAUUUUCACAUUAGCACAAAAUAAUUGACUUCAAAAUUUAACAAAGGCAUGAAGCUUUUUUAAUUUACAAAUAUUUGUUAUGUCUAAAUAAACGAGAAAAAUCACGCAAUUCGAUUUCAAAAAAAUUGAUUGUCUAUGAACAUCGAAUCUAUGUUUACAAGUGAACGAAAAAAUUGCGAUCAGACACAGAUUGAACGAAUCGCGUGAUCACUUUGUUUGAGUAGUUGGAGAUAAUUGAGUUCGAGAUAUAUUUCGAACUGUAACAUGUGUUUGAAUUGUAUGAUCAUCAGAAAAUUCCGAUCAUUUUCUUUUUCUAUCGCAGAGUUAUGUAACAAUAUACAGAAUUUUAUUUAUCUCGAACGCUUGGAGUACAUCUGUUGCUUUUCUGUAAAUGGUGCGAAAAAAUUUUCGCACCGUGUUAAAAGCAAUGAGGGUGCCAGAUGGUCAAGAUAAAUGAAAACAGCUCCUGUAUAUGUAAUAUAUACAUAAAGAAUCGAUAGUAGAGAUAAUGAAAAAAAAAGUUAAGCAUUUCUGACGGGUACAAAUAGGAUGUAAGAUGUAUGUUUUCUCGAAAAAAAA